GGAGAUAUUUGUACGGUGACUGUACAUGCGAUAUAUAUGCGCUGCGUGUACUAUUCUGAAUUUGUGUAUUCACUCUGUAUACAUGGCCGUCGUCUGAAUGAUGUGAUUGAAAUCACUGGAUCAAUUAGAGCUGUUGUAAAGUGGAGUCCAUAUCUUACCGCGACAAGACCAACGUUUUAAUGGUUAAACACAACUUGAAUUUGAAAUUGAAGGGCGAACGAAAAGGGACAAACUCGAGGAGAGUCUCCUAAUACACUGGAACUUGGUAGUGAGUGGAACACUACCACGGCCACGGCACUAGCGUUCGCGCUCCAGUUGUGGCGAAUCGGUCGGCUGUAGCGGUCCUGUGGAGAAAGCCGCAGAGAUUAUUUUUGCAGAAUUCGAAACUGUGAAGAUUCAAGAUGGGUCGAAAAAGCCAAGGAGGGGUCACUCAACCAAGUGUGAACAUCCAGAUGUGUUUAUUGGUUGCUGUGGUUAUCUUCAGUUUGGUUUCGACUUCUAGUCAAAGCAAAAACGAUGGUGAGGGGUAUUUUCCUUGCAACAAGACUCAAUUUGCUUCUGGAGAUAGCUUUGUAUGCCAGUGUAACAGCACAUACUGUGACACCAUAGAAGGAUAUCUACCUCUACUUGCAGAUCAUUUUACUUACUACACUUCCAGUAAAGCAAGUGAUCGGUUUGCAAAGAGAAUAGCACCUAUUUCAGCCAAAUCUAAUGCUUCAGCUUCUACAGUCAAUUUGACUAUUAAUACAUCAGAUUUGUACCAGAAGGUGUUGGGUUUUGGUGGUGCUGUAACUGACUCUAUGGCUCUCUCUGUCAAGAAUCUAUCAGCUGCAACCCAGAACCACCUCAUCAGGUCCUACUAUUCAGCUGAUGGACUGGAGUACACAUUCUCGAGGAUCAACAUCGGAACCUGUGAUUUCUCUAAGCGACCGUACAGUCUUUGCGAGUCGGAAAAUGAUUUUGCCCUGACUAACUUCUCACUAGCCGAUGAAGACAUCAACUAUAAGAUACCCGUCCUUCAUGCUGCCAUGGAAGCCAGUGUGCGCCCUCUAAAGUUCUUCUGUACACAGUGGUCUCCUCCGAAGUGGAUGAAGACCAGUGGCACCUACCGAUACAGGGGUCAGGUCAUUGGGGAGCCUGGUGGCAAGUACUACAAGACGCUCGCCUUGUAUCUUGCCAAAUUUAUUGAAGGCUACGCCAAGCACAACGUGUCCAUGUGGGGUAUGACGAUACAGAAUGAGCCCUGGGCUGGGGCCAUCAAGGACCAGCCUAAUGCCUGCAACUACAUGACGCCCCAGCUAGAGAGAGACUUUGUAAAGCGGGACCUAGGCCCCACCCUGGAGGAACAUGGCUUGGGGCACGUCAAUAUCAUGAUGCUGGAUGAUCAGAGAUUUGAGCUACCUGAUUGGCCGGUCGUGGUCCUUGGUGAUUCUGAGGCUGAGAAGUACAUCAAAGGUAUCGCGGUUCACUGGUACUGGGACAAAGAGGCUCCGACCCUCAAGUUGGAUCUCACCAACAACCUCUUCCCCGAUAAGUUUAUCCUUUACACGGAGGCGUGCGAGGGCACCUCAGCGACUCCCGGUGUGAAGGUCGACUUGGGAGUCUGGGCGAGAGGAGAAAGGUUCUCACAGAGCAUUAUAGAGAACAUGAGCCACUGGGUGACGGGCUGGGUAGAUUGGAACAUGGCCCUCAACAUCCAGGGAGGUCCAAGCUGGAUCGCCCACAAGCUUAACGCUCCUAUCAUCGUCGAUGCAGAGUACGACGUCUUCUACAAACAACCCAUGUUCUACCAUUUAGGUCACUUUAGCAAGUUUGUACUUCCUGAUUCUAGCAGAGUGGGUCUAAAGAUAGACCAGAGCGAGGACCAGAAGCUUGAGGCAAUCUCCUUCCUAAGACCAGACGGCAUAGUAGCUCUAGUGGUCAUCAAUGUGCAAGAAGAUCCCAUUCCCAUCUCCAUCAACCAUUCCACAACCGGUUUCCUAGACGCUAUCGUUCCUGCUCGCUCAAUACAAACUUACCUCUGGAAGGCAACUCACUCAUAACUUCUGCACUGAUUCAUAAGCACCUCCUCACUCGACACAGGCUGGUGUUAGUUUAACCAGAUAUGCAUUAAUAUUCCACCUUUGAGGCCUGCUACUGCAGUGGACAAAUGAUGCACAGGUACGAGUGGGUCGGUAGGAAUUGUGUGCACAAAGUAACUUUGGGCAUGGUCUAAACACAGGAGGCAUAGCCAAAUGUGUUAUAGACCACGCCAAAGUUACCGCAUGCACACAAUUCUACCGACCCAGGCAAAAAACCUGCGCAUCAUCUGAUUUAUAGAAUGGGCGUAAAAAGAAGUAAAUUUUACCGAACGCAUGAAACAGAUUAACAGGAUGCAUGAAACUGAUUUACUGGACGCAUGAAACCAAUUUACUGGAUGUAUGGAAAUAGUUGAGUCAAAUCUACCUUCUCCUUGAACUGUUUGUAAAGGGCUUACAUGCAGAAUUGGUCACCCAUCUAUUUUCAGUGUCUCUACAGUCAAAUAUUGUAUGCCAUAUUGUAAAGAUACCGUUUUAAUUUUUAAAAUAUUGAUUGCUAAUAUUGCAUCUUAUUUGUGCAUAAUUUAUGCAGUCAGUAAAAUUAAGUCUAUUGUCUUUACUGGCUUUUAACCAAUCAGAUUGCAAGGAGUUCUGAACCCAUUCUUUAAUACUUGUACCUACUGUACCUAACUAUCUGUUUUUCUACUAACGUUUCUACUUUGAUCAUGACUGUAUUUAAUUCCUACAAUCUAUUGUAUAUUGUAUGAACCAGUGGAAGGGAUUUCCGACUACUACUGCAAUUAUAAAAGGAAAUAUUAAAAUUCUUUAUAUUACGCUGCAAUAUUUGUAUUUUUGUUACUCACCAAAAGUAUCGGGGCUCUGUUUUUUUACUUAACAAAAAUUGUUCGAUGAUGUGUCCUACCGUUUUCCAUUCUAAACAUUGGACCAAAAUAUAUUAUCAA